CGCAGCGGCCGUUGGUGCCGGCGCCGUCGGCGCGAGGAGCCAUGGCCGGCGCCGAGCGGAAGAAGCACGUCCGGUUCGCCGCCCCGGGGGGGGGAACGGCGGCAACGGGUCCGCGCCUCCCCGCCGCGCCGCGGGCGGACGUGGCCGUGACCGGCGGCGGAUGGCGGUGCGGGGAGGGAGCCGCGCUGCGGUGGUGCAUCUCCGGGGCGCUGUGCGCGGCCUUCCUGGGGCUGGGGAUGAGCAUCGCGGUGCUGGGCCCCACCUUCCAAAACCUGGCCGCCAACGUCCACAAGAACGUCAGCGACAUCUACUACAUCUUCGUGGGCCGGUCCUUGGGCUACCUGGGGGGGUCGGUGCUCGGGGGGGUGCUCUUCGACUCCAUGAACGCCCACCUCCUCCUCGCAUUAUCCAUGUUUGGAACAACAGUUGGUCUUUAUGGGAUACCCUGGUGUAAGAAAUCCCUGCUGUUAACUGUCUUGAUGUCAGUUAUUGGAGCUUCCAUGGGAAUUCUAGACACAGGUGGCAAUGUACUGGCACUGAAUACCUGGGGAGCAGAGGCUGGGCCACACAUGCAGGCCUUACACUUCAGUUUUGCUGUCGGUGCGUUUGUGGCUCCGAUCCUGGCUAAAAUGGCCUUGGGAGGCUCCGAAUCUAAAGACCUUCCAGUAGCUGAAAAGACAAACCAGUCUGUCCUGAGGUCUGUGCCAACAGCGUCAGCUGCAUCAGCUACGUCAGCACUGAAACACCAUCUUGGUGCAGAUUUUUUGUGGUCCUAUGUUGUCAUAGGGACCUAUCUUCUGUUAGUUUCUUUCUUCUUUUUUAUUUUGUAUUCAAAGGGCAGCUCAGCUCGAGACAAAUCAAAGGCUUCUCUGCAGAAGUGCAUGUUUGCCAAAUACCAUUACGCUCUUAUUAUUCUCCUGUUCGUAUUCUUCUUCUGCUACGUGGGAGCGGAGGUCACUUACGGCUCUUACAUAUUUACUUACGCAAAGGUCUUUGCCGAGAUGAAAGAAAACGAAGCAGCCGCUUUGAAUUCUGUCUUCUGGGGCGCGUUUGCCGCUUGCAGAGGAGUGGCAAUAUUCUGUGCUGCUUGCUUGUACCCUGGCACCAUGAUCCUGCUGAGUAUCAUCGGCUCUGCUGCCUCCUCUUCGUGCUUGGCCUUCUUUGCGAGGUACCCAGCCUCGCUGUGGGUUGGAACCGCUGUGUACGGCGCGUCGAUGGCUACCAUCUUUCCCAGCGGCAUUUCCUGGAUAGAACAGUACACGGUCGUGCAAGGAAAAUCGGCUUCUCUCUUUGUGGUCGGCGCCGCGCUGGGCGAGAUGUGCAUUCCGGCCGUGGUGGGGUAUCUUCAAGGAAAGUUUCACCACCUUCCCGUGGUGAUGUACACUGCCUUGGUGACUUCUGCAAUGACAGUUAUGCUCUUCCCUGUGAUGUACAAAUUGGCCAACUCUCCUGGUGAGAGCGACUUAAAAGAAAUGAGUGAGAGUGAGGACCGGAAAGCUUUGUUGUCAAACUCGGGGCUUAAUGAGGAUGAAGAGGAUGAGGAGGAUGCGGGAGAGUGGAACGAAGCAGACUUUGAGGUAAUAGAAAUGAAUGACACGCUGAGAAACUCUGUGAUAGAGACCUCCCGUAAGAUACCAGGGGACUCUCCAGCCAAAGUCUCGCUGCAGCCCCAUCUGGACAAUGUACUGCGCGAUUCUCCAGUGGUUGCUGGUGGCUCCCCUGGGAGGAAAAAUGUGAAUGUUGACCGGGAGAAGAAUGAUUAAAGUAAAAGCUGACUUUCUGUUUUUUUAAAGGGAAAUGCAAUUGAAUUGUAGGUGUUCUUGUAAAGUGGUUCAGGAAUCCUUUUAUAGUGGUGCGGAGCACAGCGUGUUCAUUUCUGUGUUUGUCCGGCCCUUUCUCAUCUUUCGUUUUCAGUCUGCAGCUGUGUGGGAAAGCCCAUGAUGACAUGAAUGGGGUAACGUGGUAAAAUGUAUAGACUAUACCAAAAAUGUUAAAACGUAAGAGACGUUUUCUAAAUGUGAGGCAUGCGUUUAAGUAAUAUAUGCUGUAAUAAGAACUAACUAGGAAAGAAGGGGACUGCUCAGAGCACUCAGUUUUUUGGGGUAGGUGAAGGGUGCAGUUCUGAGGUGCUUGGUCACAAAACGUUUUCACGAGAGAGGAGCGAAAUCCGUUAUCUGUGAUGCUGAACUUCCUUACCUCGUGAAAGAGGAAUGUUUCUACUGCAUUGAAAGUUUGUGAGUGACGUAAACCAGGAAAUCAAGUAAAAUUGCAGGUGAUGCCCAGCGGCUGUAAAUUGGAUAACCUAUUGGCAAACUAUAUAAUUUCCUGGUUCUGUCACUAAGACGAGAAUAAAUUAAAAAUUAAUUUUUAGGGGUGGAACCAUGCCUUUGGGUCGUUUAAAAGCGGUGUAUGGGAAGGGGGACAAAAUGGGUCAUAUUAAUCUGCUAUAAUGCAUAACUCUGAUUUACUAGUUAAACAGUGGUGACAAAUCUAAACAGUCUAAAGUACUUGUGAUUGUACUUGUGAUUUUAAUUACUGCAUUACCACUGAAAUCAAGAAAUGUAUGAUGAUAAAAUUAUAUGUAAACAGAUUACUUAAUAUGUGGUAUUGACACGGAGCUGUGAUAUUUUAAGCCAGUUGUUUAAAUUAAGGUUAUAACAACCUUUCUGCCUUCCUGUGCCAAGACUUGAACAUAGCGAUGUGUUAAAGUGAAAAUUUGUAAACGAGAGAGGGAACUGUCGAUGAGACAAUCCUUUCAAUCGUGUGCCCCUUGCCAGUUGGAUUGGUGCCGUUUGGGUUUCUUUGGGUGAUGACUUAGGGGCAGACACUUCCUACUGGAGCGGGAGUGGUUUGUAGUUGUAGAUUCAUUGCUGCAAAGCAGCAAGUCCUGGGGAGGGACCAGUCAUGCCCGAGAGCCCUCCCCAGUAAGAGCCAAAAAUGCAGCAGCUAAUGGCAAAAUCUGACUCUGAAGCAGCAGUCUUGCAAUUUGUCUACUUGAAACUCCAAAUUUGUAGGUUAAAUAUAUAUAUUUUUUUUUAAGGCUGCGUGAUCAGAAUGUGCUGAUGUUUGGGGUUUUUUACUUUGCACUUUUAUUAGUAUUUUUCUUGCUAAGAAGUUUAAUUUACCAAGGCAAGAGCUCUACAUGUAACAUAGCACAGAACCUUAGAUGUUCAGUGUAUUUUCAGGUCUGGUUUUGUUCCCUCUCUUGUCCUUUAAGUGUGCAAUCUCAAUUCUAGCCUAGAAUCUCUUGGCUUUUUCCUUUCUUCUGAGAAGCGGAGUAAGAAGCAGGAGUCAGCCUGUAGCGAAAUGCGUACAUUUUUUGCAUCUUGCCAUGUUGAAGGCCCUCCCUCUCCCCCAGCUGUUGGCACUUACUUAAAUGCCAUUGUGUUUUUGCCCGAUUCCUUUUUUUUUCUCAUGUCUGUAUGUGCACUUCCGUGGCAUCUUUUCCAGUGCAAUGCAUGAACCUGCACUUUAAAAUACGGCCUUGUUUUACUUGCUACACAAGGGUUCUCUUCUUCGCUUGAAGUAAUGGUAAAUGCUUUUAAGUAUCAGGCCAAAUCCUGUCCUAGGUACAGGUGACAGCGUUUGUUCAAGAGGAGUAAGGCUGUAUGGCCUCGUGUGUUCGGUUAGUUUCACAUGGUAACAGAGGAGCUGGUGCGGCAGAGGUGGCCACUUAAAUAAGUGCAGAUCAAGCCUGCAUUUCUUCAACUUCCCUGUUCCCUUUUUUCCUCCUGCACACUACAGUAACCGCUGUGUGUGUGUGGAAAGCAAGGGGUGGUCUCUGAUGGUCAGGACAAAUCCUGCUGGCGGAUGGGGGUGUGGGGGGAGUGAUAACUGCUGCUGCUCUGCUUUUGCAGGAGUUCCUGCCCCCCCCCGCCCCGGGAGGUCACAGGUUUCCUUCCGCAGAAACUGGAUUUGGUGCAGGACAAACAACAACAAAAGAUACGGCCGUGGUUCUGCGGCAGCUCCCUGCUGUAAUGGCAAUCCGUAGGCUUUACCUGAACCGACUGCGAUGUAAAAAAAGUUUCCCCAUUCCUGAGAUCAUGUUGCCAGAAGAGAAUUAGUUUAAGAAACCCACCUGGCAACCAGGAAGAUUUUAAAUAAUCCCCAAUUCAUAUGCUAAUUUUUGGAAUGAAAUUCCAAAUUGGAAUGUCCUCCAAGUAAGAUUGUUCUCAGGGAUAGCUAACAUGUCUUGCAUGAUCGAGUACUAAAAACCAGAAAAUGCAACUAAAGCCACAUUGGGAAAUGUGUUCUUUGAACCUUAUGUACUUACUGUUUAGAUAUACAGUUAUUUGUGUUUCUGUCUGACUGUCUUCCCAACAAAUGUGAAAAUACUGUGCAAAACAAAGUGUGUUUUGUUUUUUUUUUUUUUAAACUGGCUGUAUUAAUUAUUCCUGCAUGAGUCACUUGAAUUCAUCACCAUUUUCCCCCUUUAAAACAGGAGGCCUGAGUAGUAGGAAUGCAGCAAGAGCCUGGAAUGCCAAGGUAAGAGCAGCCUUUUUCAGAAGGUAAAGGAUCCAAAAACCAGUGGCAGGAAGACAGAGCGAACUCCUGUAGUUAUCUUGAGCAGUACUGUGUAGAAUCAUGUCUGAUUGAUAUGUGCAGGCCUUUGUCUGGAUGGUGUCUAAAUUCUGAGUCAUCUCAGCAAGCAUUUAUGAGCCUUCAAUGUCUUAGUUCUGGCCUCAAACUUGAAAUGGAAUGUACUUACAGAGCUCAUUCUUAUCCCCUAAAAGCCUGCUUUUAAUAGCAGGGGCUGCCCUUUGAUGAGAAUGAAAUGUUUAAAGCAGUUUAAGAUUAAAACAGAUCUAGGACAUUUCCAACAAUGAGCCCAGCUCACAGCAGUUCUAGACAGCCUUGAUGUUCAAGGCUGUAGCUUCCAUAGUUCUUGGAUUUUGGUGUUCCUCAAGGCUUGUUUUUAGACAAUGAAUGUUAGUUUUCACAGGUUUGAAUUUCCUUCCAAAGUAAGUAAAUUGCUUCCUGGCAUAUACAGUUAGAGUGAGGAUCUAUUUACAGUGCCUUUUAAGUUACAGAUCCUCCAGAAAGCUUAAACUUACAUGUUAUGGGUUGAAAUUACUUGAAGCAAACUGUAUUACUUUACCAUUGUCUUGCUUACACUAGAAAAGUCAUCUCAAUGUUGAGGACAAGAACUGCCAUCCAUGGAUUAGAUUAGGUAUCUGAAUUUAUCAAGAAUCAUAUUUUUGUCCAUAAAGCCAGGACUGAGUUGAAGAUAAGCACUUGACCAUUUACUCUAGUGUUAAAGGUAACCUCUUGCAGUUAAAUGUCAUUGAAUAUUUUUAUUUAUCCCCGCUGGAUUGUACCGCAAGCACUAAUGCGUUAGUCCUGGCAUUUGCACUUUUAUUCUGUACAUGACCAGUGCUAGAAUGCAAGAGUUGGGAAAGUUUUGUGCCUUGAUGUUUUUUUUUUUUUUUUUAGUUACUUUGCAUAAAAGCGCAUCGCAAUCUGUGGGUGUUCUAUUAUAUAUUUAAUAGUUUUUAUUCUGCUUGGUGUGGGUUUACAUUGUACCGUAUAAUGUGAAAUUUAAUAGACUGACUUGUAUCUUGAAUGUAAUAAAUUCUUAACUGGAGAAGGCACUCAGGUUCCUUGAUGUAAAUAAAGUUUUGUUCUAUUUUUCAAAGCUA